GCGGUGGACUGUUGCUGAAUGAAAAUAACAGAGGCCAUUUUGCGCACGGAGCCACGGCAUCAUUCAAUAAUAAUAAAAAGCGGAAACAGGAGGCAGGUUCAGUCCAUUUCGGGACAGACGGGAGUGUUUGAGAGCCGGCGGAGCGGUGUGAGAGCUGCGGGACCGCGGUGCGACUGGCGGCGUAGUCAAACACACAAAAACACAGCGGCAUGCGGUAACUACUUGUGUCGCCGCGUCGCCUCUUCCGUGGUGGUUUGUGUGUUGUGAGGGGGAAAAACGGGGACAGGACGACUUCACCGCAUUGCUAUCCGAGCCCUUGUGACCCCCGAGAGAGGGAGUUGUCUUUACUUAGCUGACCGACACCGGCGACAUCCAUGCGCGUCGAAAAACAGGUGUACGGUUUCAUCACACGGACGCCGCACUAGCUCGCGAGCCUCUGCUGCAGCUCGCGGUCUGUCUGCCCCGAGUUGAGUCAUUACACAUGGAAGAGGCUGAUUACCUGACAAUGUGCUGCGGGAUUAGUGGAGAGAGGCGACGGUCGUUUUAAAGGCAUUAAACGGGAUAAGACCUGGGAAUAAAGCCUGACCAGGAGGAGAGACUUAUCCUGAGCGGAGGGAAGAAGACGUAUAAACAAAUCAGAACAUAACAAGACAAAGCGUGAGGAAGAGGCAGUUGGGCUCGCAGCUCACCUAUACCUGACUCUUCCUAGCAAGUCUCCAGUCUUUUGGUUUUAUGACGGAAAGUGUGUCUCCCUGCUGCGUAUCAGUAAGAAGUGCUCUUCAAUAUGAAUACAGAUAGCGGAGGAUGCUCUCGCAAAAGCGUGGCCUUGUCACUCAUGCUCUCUCCCAUGAAGAGGGUCCAGAGCUCACCAAAUCUAGGCACAGGGAGUGAUUCUCACUCAUCAGACUUGGAUUCUUGGCGGUCACGCAGUGUAACAGAUGGCCUUAAGAAUGGAGACGCCAGCAGCUCUUCUCUCGCUGCCAAAGGCUUCCGCAGUGUCAGACCCAACCUGCAGGACAAAAAGUCACCAACACAGGGGCCUCCCUCCCCCGACCCCACAGCACGGCACUCCCCCUAUCGCUGCCACAGCUCAGAAUCACUCGACUACCUGCCUGGCCUAAUGCCCAAGGCGCUAUCACCCACCCCGUAUGUUCCUAGCGGAGCCGGUGCAGUCAGCAGGCCGAGCCUUCCCACAAUCAGCAGUGCGAGCAUCGGUGGCUGCGUGUCACCCUCGGCUUCCCCCGUGACGGUGUCAGCUCUCAGCCACUACUCGUCGUCCACGGCGGGUCUGCUGGACGAGCUGCAGAUCUGUAGCCUGGAUUCACCCGGCGCAUCACCCACGCCAUCGCCCACCCUCAGCCAUGUCUCUGCCUACACAUCCACUGCUGGCCCUGAUGAUGUGCUAACAACCUUUGCGGCCUCCACUGCUGCAGCAGCCACUGUCACUAACGGCCAGGUCCUCUCUCACGCUAUGAAUGGAAGUACUAGCCAUCCACAGAGGCCCCUCUCUCCUCCAUCCUAUCCUCCUCCACCCACCUCACUCCACACUGGGCUCCAGAGACAGAGCAGGAGUUCAGAGGGCAGUGAGUCAGUUACCAGAGAGUCUGUGGUGUCGGGCCACACCAGCGUCAGCAGCACUGUGCCCAUCGCCCGCUUCUCGGAAGAGGAGAAAAAGGUGUCCAUUAUUAAAGCACCUCAUUAUGAAGGCAUCGGCCCUGUGGACGACUCUGGCAUCCCCAUCGCCAUCCGCACGACGGUGGAUAGGCCUAAGGACUGGUACAAGACUAUGUUCAAACAGAUCCACAAGGUUCACAAAGCGGACGAUGACUAUUCUGACACAUACAAUGCAACAUACGCUGUCAUAAACAAUGAUGACUACAGCCUGCCACCCCACACCACCAUGGCUCACCCCGCUCCCCGGACACAUACGUACAGGCCACUCGCCAAAAGCCCCUCGGACAAUAGAGGGCAUCUGGGCCCUCGGGAGCCUUCGCCAUCCCCCGUUCCCCCACCACCUCCGCCAAUGCCAUCUCUCCUCCAGCUGAGGGCCAGAGACAGUGACCGUGAGAGAGACUCGCCUGACACGAAUGAAUGGGGUCCCCCCAACAGGAAAGUGGACACACGAAAGUACCGUGCAGAGCCUAAGAGUAUUUUUGAGUAUGAGCCUGGGAAAUCCUCCAUUUUGGAGCAUGAAAGACCAACCUAUGAUGACAUAGAUUUAGAGAACGAGCCUUGGUAUAAGUUCUUUUCCGAGCUGGAGUUUGGGCGGCCGCCUCCUAAAAAACGGCUGGAUUAUAAUCCAGACAUCUCCGCUCGCCAGCGCAUUGAGACAUCCCUGCACAUCGCUCCUGCUGACAAGGCUCCGGAGAGACCUGCGAGUGCUGCCAGCGACUACAGAAAGAGAAGGAAGUCUGAGCCGACGAGUUCCCAAGUGAAUGCUCAGUCUCAGAGCAGAGCUGCAACUUCCCCUAAACCAGUGGAUGCCUACAGACCCAGCAGCAGCCUCAAGAAGCCUGCGGUUCGUUCCUCACCAUCCUCACCCUCCAGAGCCAAAGGUGGGGACGCAUGCAACAUGUAUUCAAACAGUUUGACCUCCCCAGGUCCUCAUCAGCGCCCCUCUCUGCCCCCUGUCCCCUCUGACCCUGUCCAUUGCCAGGAGGAUGCCAGCCAGGAGGGCAGCUCCUCCUCCAAGCAGUCUGUCUGUUGUAAGAACAGUUGGCAGACAAAAUGCCAGGAUGCUGAGACAUGGAGCAGUGCUGAGGAGGUACCGCCCGUCCCUAGCAAGCUCAAGUCACGCAGCUGCGAUGACUUACUCAAUGAUGGGCACGCCGACUCGGGCGGGCGCAACGCAACACGCUCAGAAAGUGCUGGGUCGCUGGUUUGUGAUGGGAAUCCCUCAGGUUCGACCGGAUCCAUGUCCACUCACUCAUUGCCUCGCCUCCACCGCCGACGAGCGCACGAUUCACCGGGUUUUCUCCAGCUCUAUCGUAAGAUGCACCAGAUCGACCGAGCUCAGCUCAUCCCAUCUGAAGUCAUCCGCUCGGUGCGCGCUCGUAUCCUGGAACUAGAGCGCCAGCCUCACCUGCAUCGCCAUCGUCUCUCUCCUUGGGCACCUUCUUGGGGCGUUGAGGUGCCGCGCGAUAUGGUGCCAAACCGCAUUUCUGCAUAUGAGCGCCUUAUUCAGAAGUCCAAAUCCAUGCCCAACUUGGGUGACACUGAGGUGCCUUCAGGCACUACGACGCCAGGUGGCUCGUCAUCUCGAGCCAGCAGUGGUGGCGGUGGCACACCCAGUUUUCCAAAACGCCGUUUUUCCAUAGAAUCUUUACUAGAGGAAGACAAUAACGGCAAUAGUGCAGUAGUACCUCACACCAUGGAUCACUUGCAUCGACCUCGUAGCCCACCAGAGGGCCAGCCUCGUGUUGGGCCAGAGCCCGGCCGUGCACGGUCCUUUCCUGCCCCUCCUGUUCCCCAAGGCCCACAGGCCAACCCAGACUACUCUGACAGUGAACAAGAUGCUGUUGCGUCAGACCUCAGUGACUUCAUCCAGGUGGAGGGCUCCUCAUUUUGCAGUGAGAGUGACUUUGACCAUUGCUCACUAACUUCCUCUGAGAGCUUGUAUGGCUCUUCCACCCUUCACCACCACCACCACCUCCGUCAUCACCACCACCAUCACCACCACCAUCACCCUGCUCACCAAAGUAUAGGCCAGAGCCAGGGUUACCAACACCGCCACCUCAUCAGCUCCUGCAAAGGCCGCUGCCCGGCCUCCUAUACCCGCUUCACAACCAUGCUUCGCCAUGAGAGAGAACGAGCACGCCAGGAGCACCAGAGAUCUUCACAGCAGAGCCGCAGCAGCCAUUCACACAUCCAGAGCUCACAGUCCCAACAAGCGAUGUCCAAGCUGGCCUUCCUGGUCAGCCCAGUGCCUUUCCGCAGGAAAAAGGGCUCACCACCUACCUCUAGAAGAAGCAAUGGUGGCGGAGAUCGAGGUAGCAGACCCAAGUCCAAACAGGCCAUUUAUGAAGCACUAGAUGCAGCCUUGAGAGACAUUUAUGAGCACAUUCAAGCAGAGAGAGGCCACAGAGGGACUCGGGCGCCUGACGAUAGCAUCCUGAGAAGAAUACUGGCCGAACUGCUGCCAAAUGUGCCUGAACGAAGCUCCUCAUUGCGGGGGAGGAGGGGGUGUUGGCACGGGGGUCACUCCUCUGCAUCUUUGUACCCAGAUGGGAGCCCCACUGGGUAUGCCUCACACAGAGGGGAUCCCUCCACACCACGGCUACAGUCACCAAUCAGUGCCUGUUAUGGACGCCACUCAGACACCUCAAACAAUAAUGAAUAUGGAGAGGAGCAGGGCAAUGGGAAUGGUCUCUGUUAUUCAGACCAGGAUGUCUCCAGGUGUUAUUCCACCAUGGAUGGACGCCACACACCCCAGAGUAGAAGACCUACUCCUGACAGAGAGGUCUCCCAUAAACAGAUGACACAACUUAUUCUGUUCUCUCUCCUCCAUCAGAAACAGCCUGCGAGAGCCAUUUAUGAUUUUAAGGCACAAACAGCUAAGGAGCUGUCAUUUAAGAAGGGUGAUGCAGUCAACAUCAUCCGGCAGAUAGACAACAACUGGUAUGAAGGAGAGCACCGCGGGCGGGUUGGGAUAUUACCCAUUUCAUAUGUAGAAAAGAUGCCAUCCUCAGAGAGGCAGCAGCCGAUUCGUCCUCCUCCGCCAGCACAUGUCAGAGAGAUCGGAGAGGCAGUAGCUCGCUACAACUUCAACGCUGAUACUAACGUGGAGCUGUCUCUCAGAAAGGGCGAGAGAAUAAUUGUGAUAAGGCAGGUGGACCAGAACUGGUACGAGGGGAAGAUCCCAGACACAACCAAACAGGGCAUCUUUCCUGUGUCCUACGUUGACAUCAUCAAGCGCUCCCCAGCCAAGAGCUCCGCCCACCACAUAGAUCCACAUGGUUACCCGAGCAGCAGGACACCAAGUUCUACACCUGUCAAGCCUUUCUACCAUCUACCUCCAUCCUCCACUAUCCGUGACCCCCUGUCCCCUCAGCCCUCCCUGAGGAGGCCUGACUUGCAAGCUGUCACCAGCGAGUGGCUGUCCCUCACAAUGGAUCCAUCAGCGUCCACUCCAGCUCACUCCCUCACAACCACCCCUAUACCACCCACACCUCCCCCUCUCCCCGCUGACCUUACACCUUUCCUAAAGGCUCAGGAGUCGAAGCCACCGUCACCUGCGCCAUCCCAAAGAGGCUUUGCCCUGCCACCUCAGAGGUUUUCUGUAACUCCUCCCUUUAAAGAAGGGAGACUUGGUUUAGGUCACACCCCUGUUACCCUACCUUUCUCACAACCAGCACCACUACCACCUCCUCCACCUCCACCUCCUCCUCCUCCUCCUCCUCCUCCUCCUCCACCCCCUCUUCCUCAUUCUGCAUUUACCUCUCCACUGCCUGACUUUUCACUGCGAUACAACAGUGGCAAAGCUCCGCCAUUACACAUUUCUAAGCCAGAGAUUUUAUCCUGCACAGUGCCAGAGCCAAUAAAGUCACCCACACAAGUUCCUCUGCGGCACAAGUCAAAUGUGGAAGAUGUUACGCCACAAGCUAUAGACCCUUAUGACGAGCUGUUGUCCAUGAUUCUGGAUGGUUCUACCAGUACAGACGAUGCUGGCUUUUCAAGAUUGUCUCCAAUAGAUUCACCUCCACCUACACUAACCAGUGAAUCCCAGAGCAGGUUUAAACUAAACGAAAAAGAAGAAUCCCAUCAGCCAGCAGUGAAACCCCCAGCAGUUACUCCAGCCAGUGACUCGGCAGGCAGCGUUCGGAUAGAGAUGCCGUUUCACAAGCUUGUGACAAUGGAGCCACUUUCCAUCACUUGGGAGGGGCAGUCAAAAACUCUAAGUGAGCAACCGGUUGAGUCGCAGAGACCACCAUCGGUGAAAGGAAGGGGAUUUACUGAGUUGUUCAUUGAGGAAGAGGAUGAAGUUAGUGAGGACAAAGAGGACAUUAAAGGUUUAAAUGAGAGGCUCAGUCCACAGGCUGAUGUCUCUCCUUCUACUCUGACACGGCUUCCUCACCCCGGCCUCCCCUCACCCUCCACAGCACCACCUCUGACCUCCUUACCUCCUCUGUCCUCUUCUUUUACUUCUUCUUUUACUCCUUUGUCGUCGUCUGUCUCCCGGUCACAACAGCAGGAUCGUACCCCCAUCCCUCCCUCCAUCCCUCCCUCUCCACCUGUCUCCCCUCGGCCCCCAUCCCUUCCUCGCCUCAUGACAUCGUCGCUACCCGCAGUCUCUCUCUCUCCACCUGUCUCACCCCCUCCCCUCCACCCCUCUUCAGCUGUUCCCUCACAGCGCCCUGUCUCUCACCCUCCAAGCUCUCCCUGUCUUCCUCCUGUCACAUCCUGCACUGGCACAGAGUCGCCUAUUCCUCUUCCUGCUCUGACUCCCCAUAAACCUGCCUCUCCUCCCCUCGCCACUCCACGCUCUCCCCCCACUAUCCCCGCUGUACCCCAUCCAGGACAUAGGUCCCCCAAGGUGAAGGAUCCAGUUGUUGGUGGUAAACCUCCUCGUAGCCCCAUCUUGACUCGGAGGUCCUAUCUGUCCCCCAUUAGAGGUCGAAGGCGAUUAGUACAGGAUGCACUCCAUGGCGGAGGAGACCCGUACCAGGCCGUGUACAACUAUCUGCCUCGCAACGAGGAUGAGCUGGAGCUGAAGGAGGGCGACAUUGUAGAUGUGAUGGAAAAGUGUGAUGAUGGCUGGUUUGUUGGGACCUCUCGAAGGAGCAAGUUGUUUGGAACCUUCCCAGGAAACUACGUGAAGCAGCUAUAAUGAUGAUUCCAGACUCCCUCCCCUCUGGCCCCGCCCCUUCCUGUGACACGUUCAUCGCCCUCAGCACAGCACCCGCAGGACACCACAUACCAACACUGGUCCCCCAAGACCUGUUGCACAUUUCUGUGUUUGCGUGUUAUGUGUGGCUGGUCAGCUUCACACAGACAGAACAUUUAGCUCUAACUAGCCAUCUUUAAAGGAAGACUUCUAUAAAAUAAUGUUGUUUUUUUAAUCUUAUCUUUUUAUCCUUAUUUUUCUAUCAUGGAGAACCCAAACUUUGUGCUCCAGUCAGUGACCUUUAACUUUUGACUGUGAUAGAAGGAUGUGAAAGGAACUUUGCAAACAGUCAAAGAUAGAAAACAGGGCACGGCAGCGAUGCUUUUCUUCCUGUUAAAGGGCAGUAAGAUCACUUUUUUUAAUUUUCCCGCAGUAUCUCAAACAUAAAAACACUUGUUACAUUUCAUUUCAGUGUUCACUAACAAAUAUCCCCAAAGACGUUACAGUGCAGAGAGUGUUGUAAACAGUAUUCUGUCAGCAGGUCUGUUGUGUACAAGCUGUGUUGAAGGGAUUGCAGCCAUGCAGCUGAUAUUUCAGGUAAAAGGAUGUUAGAUCCACGCUUACAGGACUGUAAAGACUGUGCAUGUAUCAAUGUUAUGUGUCGCCCGAGGUGCUGAUUGGUUGAUAAGAAUUUGGGGAUAUGAAACACGAUCAUUAUGAAGCAAUCAUUUCAAAUAUCGCAAAUGAGGAAGUAGGAAAAAUAUCGGCACUGUUGCACUUGCUGUCUAAACCUAAUACAAUAGAUUUAAAGUUUAAGAUUAGAAAACACAAAAAUAUUUUGGACUUGUUGGUUCUUCAUCUUCACGCUAGGAUUAAUGCACUUUAAGGAAACUUUAACACAAUUUCUUGUGUUUUAUCUCAAAUGUCACUUCAGAUUUUACACACCAGGUGUUAAAGGUUCAGUGUGAAGGUUUUAGUGGCAUAUAAUGGCAGAAAUUGAACAUAAUAUAACAAUUAUGUUUUUUUUAGUGUAUAAUCACCUGAAAAUAAGAACAGUCGUGCCUCCAUGACCUGAGAAUGAGUCGUUUAUAGAGCCGUACGCAUGCCUCGUUUUGCGCCCUUAAAUUCAUUGUUUUCAAUGUUGACAAGCGCCUACGUUUCAGGGCGCAGUAGCUGUGCCCCAAGAUAAACCAAGUGUAACUUUUGGAACACAGCAGUGUGCAUGCCAGUCACAGCAGACAGAUACCUUUCCCUUCUUUCGUAAAUCUCAGUCUGUGGUAACUAUAGAAAAGUUGAUUAUUUUGGUGCAGGACUGCCAGAGCUUUUCAUCUGUCCCACGGACAGCGCCUGGAAGAAGAUCAGCUCUGCACUCAGUAUUUCAGGUUAAUAGGCUAUGAUAUGGUGCUUGUUGAGGUUGCUUGGCAACCGCAGACACAACAUGCUGGUGCACUCCUGAAAGCUGGCUCGAAAAAGGCACAAAAGAAGUGCCCAGGACCCAACCUCAAAUUUCCCAGGCGGUUAAAGACGCAGCAUGUGUACCGAUCCCGAUAUCUACAUAGGGAGCGGGUUCUCAUCCACGGGGAUGGCUCUGUUACACCGCCAUGUUUCUACAGUGGCCCAGAAUGGACAAACUAAACACUGGCUCUAGAUAGGGUCGUUCCCGUUCUUUAGAUUUUCGGCCAUUGUAGUUAGCAGCCCCUUUGUGACGAGCAGUGUUGGAAAAACACUAAUUGUUUUUAACGUGAAACUGCAUUAUUCGCUGUUUUUACCAGUUUUAAUCACCCGGUCCAUUUGUCUCGGAGAGGAGGAGACCUCUGCUGAUAAUUUAGCGCCUAAACAAUCAACACCAAAGGAAUCUUAACCGGGAGUUUACGCUUGGUACAUGGCAGAAGUUCAAUUUGUUAUAAUCUGCAGUCCUCACCACGAGAGACCACUAAAUCCUUCACACUGCUCCUUUAAAAUGUCUGUGGGCCUUUGCAGUAUAUUGGUCAUGUUUGAAAAGUGUAUGCAUAAAGGCUACCAACCUUUUAGGUAUUAUAUUUAUAAGAGGACAAGUGCUGGUUGAACUGUGUUAUGAGACGAUUUUAGAAAAGAUGGAACAACAGGAUGCUUUUCUAACAUCUUUGAACAGCAGCAAACCCACAUAUGAAGGACUAUUUUAUUGUAUCAGUGCCCAGAUCAGUGCUGAGUGACAACAGGACAGUUCAUGAUGGUGUCAUUAUGUUUUAUGUUGAAUUAUUUAAGUGAGACGCAGGAUGAGAUAGCGUUUUACGAAACAAAAACUCCAGUCACACAACUGCAGUUUUUCCACUAGAUUUCGGUGGCAUCUUCUAACCCUGUUGUCAGAGCUUGUGGGUCACUGUUUCAUGUAAUUAUAUACUAUUUGGAAUUAUCAUCAUCUUAGCUUGUCAUGCUCAGUGAAUAUAUUUUAUGUUUUUGUUUCUCAUUUUACGUGUUUCACAUAGGAUGGACACUGACAACAAAGCAAUUGUUAAAGCACCUUAAGAUAUAUUUUGUUUUAUCAUUCAUUGUCCUUCACGUCACCCCCCUGUCAUCCACUAUCUCAGCUGGUGUGACAACACUCCGUGUGUGUGUGUGUGCGUGUGUGUGUGUCUGUGGUGUUUUUGUAAGCCUUUUGUAUGAGAGCUGUAAAAUGGCCAACAUCCACAUGCUUUAUAAAGUCAGCUUUUUCUCACCCACCAUCA